CCCCCCUCCCCUCACGGCGGAAGCCGACCUCGCCCGCCCCGGAAGUGCAAACUGUGUGGUCUGGCAGGUGUGGAUUCCGCCGGUGAAGGCUGAAGGCAGCUACCUUAGAGAUGCCGGGGUCAGCAGCGAAGGGCUCGGAGUUGUCAGAGAGGAUCGAGAGCUUCGUGGAGACCCUGAAGCGGGGUGGUGGGCCACGCAGCUCCGAGGAAAUGGCUCGGGAGACCCUGGGGCUGCUACGCCAGAUCAUCACGGACCACCGCUGGAGCAACGCGGGGGAGCUGAUGGAGCUGAUCCGCAGAGAGGGCAGGAGGAUGACGGCCGCUCAGCCCUCCGAGACCACCGUGGGCAACAUGGUGCGGAGAGUGCUCAAGAUUAUCCGGGAGGAGUAUGGCAGACUCCAUGGACGCAGCGACGAGAGUGAUCAGCAGGAGUCCCUGCACAAACUGUUGACGUCCGGAGGCCUGAACGAGGAUUUCAGCUUCCAUUAUGCCCAACUCCAGUCCAACAUCAUUGAGGCGAUUAAUGAGCUGCUAGUGGAGCUGGAAGGGACAACGGAGAACAUUGCAGCCCAGGCUCUGGAGCACAUUCACUCCAAUGAGGUGAUCAUGACCAUUGGCUUCUCCCGAACAGUAGAGGCCUUCCUCCAAGAGGCUGCCCGAAAGAGGAAAUUCCAUGUCAUUGUAGCAGAGUGCGCUCCUUUCUGCCAGGGUCAUGAAAUGGCUGUGAAUUUGUCCAAAGCAGGUAUUGAGACAACUGUCAUGACUGAUGCUGCCAUUUUUGCCGUUAUGUCAAGAGUCAACAAGGUAAUCAUUGGCACGAAGACCAUCCUGGCCAAUGGUGCCCUGAGAGCUGUGACAGGAACUCACACUCUGGCACUGGCAGCAAAACACCAUUCCACCCCACUCAUCGUCUGUGCACCUAUGUUCAAACUUUCCCCACAGUUCCCCAAUGAAGAAGACUCAUUUCAUAAGUUUGUGGCUCCUGAAGAAGUCCUGCCAUUCACAGAAGGGGACAUUCUGGAGAAGGUCAGCGUGCACUGCCCUGUGUUUGACUACGUCCCACCAGAGCUCAUUACCCUCUUUAUCUCCAACAUUGGUGGGAAUGCACCUUCCUACAUCUACCGCCUGAUGAGUGAACUCUACCAUCCUGAUGAUCAUGUUUUAUGACUGACCACACUUGUCCUAAGCAGAGAUUGCUUAGGCAGAUACAGAAUGAAGAGGAGACCUGAGUGCUGCUGCUGAAACACAUUCAUGCAAUGUGGGAGUGCACAGGAGUACACCUAAAAAAAAUCCUUGAUACUGUUGCCUGCCUUUUUAGUCACCCUGUAUCAGGGGCACACAUCCAGGACUGUGUCUUGCCUUUCAGAUCUUAACAGAGCAGCGGGGCUUAACCUGUUGAUUUAGGAGCCUUUUAGUGACCUGGUUGCGUCUGUGUCAGGAACUUAAACUUUCUGGUUCAGUAGUGUGUUAAACAUAAUACUGAAUACCUUGCUGGGAUACAGAUUUUUGCUCAGAAAUGGCUACGACACUUCUUCUAGGCUCUGCCAAUAAAAGCCACUUGAAGGUUC